AUGGGAAAAUAUAUUGAGAAAAUGGAAAUCAGAUGGAAUGGAAGAUCAAAACGGGCUGCGCUUUGGCUGCUGAGUGUUUUUCUUAUGUGGAGUACAGUCGGGGCACUGACUCGCUAUACUAUACCAGAGGAACUACAAGAGGGGUCGGUGGUUGGAAACAUCGCCAAGGAUCUUGGUUUUGUUGUCUCUGAUAUCGCAAAUCGGAAUUUACGGGUAGUGUCUGAGAACAGCGGGCAGUAUUUCAGCGUUGGUUCAGAAAGGGGUGAGUUGGUUGUGAACAGCAGAAUUGACAGAGAAAGUCUAUGUCCUCAGAGCGCUAGCUGCGUUGUACCAUUACAAGUUAUAAUAGAAAACCCGUUACAACUGCACAGAGUCGAGAUAGAAAUACAAGAUAUUAAUGAUAACGCACCAAUAUUUCAAACAUCAGAAGGUGUUUUGGAAAUCGCUGAAUCUAUCACACUGGGAGAUCGAUUUCCGCUUGAGAGUGCCGAGGAUUUGGAUGUUGGGAAAAAUAGCUUAAAAUCAUAUGUUUUGAGUAAUGACGAAUGUUUUCGAUUAAAUGUAAAAACACUUGCGGACGGAAGAAAAGUACCAGAGCUUGUGAUCGAUAAACCACUUGACAGAGAGAAAAAAUCUGCCCAUAAACUAAUUUUAACUGCCGUAGAUGGCGGCGAUCCUGCAAAAACUGGUACUACUGUAAUACAAAUCAAUGUUCUUGAUAGUAAUGACAAUGCUCCAAAAUUUGACUUGCCAAUGUACAAAUCAUCCCUACGGGAAGCUGCUCCUGUCGGUUCAACUGUGAUAACAAUAAAAGCCACUGAUCUAGAUGAAGGUGACAAUGGCGAGUUACAAUAUUUUCUAGGCGUCCAUACACCCGAGCCUGUGAGAAAAAUGUUUGCCUUGAAACCGGACACGGGAGAAAUUAUAGUUUUAGGAAACAUCGACUACGAAUCUAAUAAAUUAUACAGAUUCGAUGUUAGUGCUAAAGACAAAGGGAAUCCAGAACUAGUGGGUCAUUCAUCGGUGCAAAUAGACAUAAUUGAUGAAAAUGACAACCCUCCAGAGAUAAUUUUAACAUCGUCACCCAGCCCUGUCCCUGAAAAUGCCUCUGUCGGAACUGUUGUGGCUUUAAUUAAUGUCAAGGAUUUAGAUUCGGGUGUUAAUGGUCGGGUAAGCAUAAAUAUAUCACCAGGGUUUCCAUUUACACUGAAACCGUCCUUUGAAAAUCAUUAUUCACUGGUAACAGACUCAUCUUUAGAUCGUGAGAUUUAUGCAGAAUACAAUAUAUUAUUAGUAGCGACCGACUCUGGUGUGCCAUCAUUAAAAACAGAGAAGACUAUAAAUGUAAAAGUGCUUGACGUGAAUGAUAAUCCUCCGUCGUUCUCGCAGACCUCAUACAAUGUUUAUGUACAAGAAAAUAACUUAGCGGGUGUUUCGUUGUUUUCUGUAUCAGCAACUGAUAAUGAUCAAGAUAAAAACGCUCUUCUCACGUAUUCAAUUUUGGAUUUAGGUUCAAACCAAGUGCCAGCAUCAUCUUAUUUUUAUAUUAACUCAGAGAACGGAACUAUUUACAGCAUGAGCUCAUUUGAUUAUGAGAAAAUGAAACUAAUCAGCAUUGUAGUGCAGGCUAAAGAUCAAGGCUCUCCAUCUCUGAGCAGCAACGCAACUGUUCACGUGUUUAUUCUGGACCGGAACGAUAAUGCACCUGCUGUCAUUUACCCGUCCACAUCUAUGGGCUCGGUCUCUCAUCAGAGGAUGCCCCGUUCCGCUAAAGCAGGACAUCUCGUUACUAAGGUAACAGCAGUGGACGCGGACUCGGGUCAUAACGCCUGGCUGUUCUACAGGCUCGCGGAGGCCACGGACGCGUCUCUGUUCAGUGUGAAUUUACAUACGGGAGAGGUGAGGACUAAACGCGCUGUUUCAGAGCACGAUGACUCCUCUCAGAGACUGGUCUUAGAGAUAAAGGAUAAUGGAGAACCGAUCCAGUCCACCACAGUCACAGUGGAUAUACUAAUAGAGGACGGGUUUCAUGAGCCCAUAUCAGACUACAGAGAGAAAACUAUUGAGCCAAGUAAGAAAACUGGCAAAAUUACACUAUACCUCAUCAUCUCAUUGGCUUCCGUGUCUUUGUUGUGUCUUAUGACGUUUUUCAUCUUACUGGUGAAAUGUGCGCGUGGCAGUAGAGGCGGCUCAAGUUGCUGUAUCAGGAGGACAAAUUCUGAAUACAAAAACCCCAACAGAAACCUGCAGAUCCAGCUCAACACUGACGGGCCCAUUAAGUAUGUGGAGGUUCUUGGAGGAGAUAUGAUGUCUCAGAGUCAAUCCUUUGGCUCUUAUCUCUCUCCAAUGUCCGAAUUUAGUGAUCUCACCCUCAUUAAGCCCAGCAGCACCACAAACUUUACAGACACGCUAAACACGCUUGAUGCGUCAUUACCAGACAGCGCGUGGACGUUUGAGAGCCAACAGCAAAAGCCACCUAAUACUGACUGGCGAUUUCCCCCAAACCAGAGGCCUGGACCCAGCGGGGCUGGAGCACGUCCUGAAGAGGCAGGUGCCGGUGCUGGUGUGAUAGCAGGAACAGGACCAUGGCCCAACCCCCCUACUGAGGCUGAACAGCUCCAGGCUAUGAUGGCAGCAGCAAACGCAAGUGAAGCCACUGCGACUCUUGGCCCUCGCUACAAUCUACAGUAUGGCCCGGAUUACCGUCAGAACGUCUACAUCCCAGGCAGCACUGCCACCCUUACAGCCAACCCUCAGCAACAGGUUCUCCAGCAGGCCCUUCCUCCACCACAGGCCCUUCCACCUACCGAAGUCCCCAAAGCGGCUCAAACACCAGCCAGUAAGAAGAAACCCACAAAGAAAGACAAGAAGUAAGACCUGUGGAAGAGCUGAAGAAACAUGUUGCCGGGAAUCUAAACAUCUAUCCUCUCAAACCAUGUUGGGUUUGGAUGAAGAUUUAAAAAGAAAAAAGUGAAUAGUAUUACUUGUUUUAGCGUUAACAUGAGACAAUAAGCAACCAAACAAGAGGAAAUGUGUUCAGAUUCCCGAAGCCCUUUCUCUGACAGAUAUCUCUGUCUUGUAAAUAGCAUACUAAAACAAGAAGAAACACAUUUCUUCUUUUUAUUUUUUCCCUCAAAUGUCACGUUUUAGGCUUUUUGUGUUCUUUUCAAAGCAAAGUAGAUGCUUAUUGUGGAUACAAAAUGAAACGCUGUUAGGCUUUUUAACAUGAUGUGCCACAACUCUCACCUUAACUGAAGAAAGGAGUAUUUAGCUGAACUAUGCAUUGCAAAGGAGAUACAAAAGGUGAACGUAUAUAUAAAGUGUUUUCCAGGUGAGAUAAUACAUGUAUAUUUGCGUAAAAAAAUCUGACGGUGAGACACUGGAUUGUCGGCAUGGUGUUUAAAAAUAGAUUCAGUCUUCUCAUUAACUUCUUAAUAGCCAGUUAAGCAGAGCUGAAUGUUAGGUUAAUGACGUUUGACUAUUCUUUGUUAUUAUUUCCUGUUGGCGUGCUAAAGAAUCCUCUGGAAAUGAAGUAAUGUAAACAGUGUUUUUUUGAUGCUGAGAAAAGAUAAUCACAGCCUUUGUAAGGUCAAUGAUUUGGGUCAAAGGAAGAAGAUCUAAAGAAGGAAACAGCAGAAAUGUGCUUGAAUGGAUCUUAGAUGGAAGGAUUUCAUGUCUGUUCAUCUGCACCUACCACCACUAUCGUGUAUAUAAAAUGUGUAACCUGUCUGUACAAACAUUAGAGCCACAAGGGCUGGCUGUUACAGGAAUGUUUCAGUAUUUUUUACAAAAAAAAAAACAACAAAAAAAGACACAAGAAAAAAAAAAGAUCCAGUGUAGUGUUUUAGGAAUAAAAGCUUCAAGUCCAUUGACUAACCAAACUGUACAUACUACGAAACUUCUGAUGACACGCAAUCGUAGCUUAAGGCUUGUGGAGUAUGUGCAUAUUUUUGUGUUUUCCCCCUCUUGAUUACACUUUACUUUCCUCUUCUCCAAUCACCUAAACCUUUGAAAGAUAACAGACAAUACUUAUACUGUCUUUGCUAUAGAGUAACACCCUUUCCCAUCUUACUGUACUUUUCUGUGCUUGUAAUUCCAAUCAGUCCUUAAUGAUACUGGAAUGCCACUCCUGUCUGUUUGACUUUGAAUAUCUAUCUAUCUAUCUAUAUAUAUAAAUGUCUGUCUGCUGCUUGGCUACUUUUUCUGUAUUUGACUGUGAUUCCUUUAAAGAAACGCUUAGCACCUCAUGUUACUCUUUUUAUUUUAUAAUCUACUAUUUAUAUCGCUGUUUGAUUUAUGUUUUACUUUAUUAUUGGAACACUUACAUUUGAAAUAAAAUUUUGUCAGAACUC